GCCAAUUCCAUCUCUAUGAAUUAUGCUAUUGAUCAGGAAAAGGUUCGAGAUGCUUUGAUUUUUUCCAUCGUGAAUCCAGAUGAUGGAGAUUUUCUUGCCAUAGAUAUGGUGGAUCGCUCUAUUAGAUUUCUUUGGUCUUUAGGCACUAAUGGUUUGACAAUAAUAGAGUAUCCAAUGAAACUCGAAACAAGUCCAGAAAACAUGGAAGAGGAUGCCCAUUGGUACCACAUAGAGGCUGAAAGAAUAGGAACAAGGAAUUAGAUGGAUUCUUUGUUCCUAGUGGAGCUGUUGCCAAAGGAUUCCAAGGUUGUCUAGCUGAUUUAAUGUAUGAUGAGAAGCACAUUGGUCUUUGGGAUUUCAGUUAUACCUCUCCAACAGGUUGUAAACCAUGUUCGAAGAGUGCAUUGGAAUCAGGAGAAUAUGGCGUCUUUCAAUUUAAUGGCAAAUCAUCAUAUUCCGUACUUGAUCAAAUCCCACGAUAUGAUAAUAGAAAUUACCAAGUAGUAAUGUUGAUGAGAACCUUUGAUGAAUCCGCAAUAAUCUUUUUCUGUUCAGAUGUUGAUACAGGAAAUUACAUCGCUAUACACAUUGUAAAUGGACGUGUAUCAUUCUCUUUCCGAGAUAGCCCGGAAACAUGGCUAAAAUUGGUUACCACAGAUAAAUAUAACAAUGGUGAAUGGUUCAGGGUAACAGCUGCAAGAUCAGAAACACGGGCAAUAUUAUCAGUGGAUAAAGAAAAUAUUGAAGGUGAAGUUGAAGCAUAUAAUUCCGAUCUAGGUGAUUGUAAAAUUCACUUUGGAGGAGUCCCACCAAACUUUACAACUCACCAUUGGCCUAAUCUUGAUUUUAAACCAUUCCUUGGUUGCAUGAAAGAUGUUAAAACCGAUACAACACCGUUAAAUCUAAUGAAUGGAGAAACAUUUGGAUUAUCGACUGGAUGUAAAAUUGAAAUUGAAUGAUGGAUCAAGAUUUUGUAAAGCGACAUCAAGAGAUGAUUGAAUAUUGAAGAUAACACUAACAAAUCCAAACCUUCUAAAGAAAGGUUGAGAUUGAUUUUAAAAUGCAUUUACAGUAUUUUAUAUUGAUUUUUCAAUCUAUUCUUUUAAAUUUACUUUCAAGUGUCAUGAUUUGAAAUUUUUCAGUCUUCAAAUUUUUUUCGGUCAUUUAUCGACUUGUAAAUUCCCAUUUAAG